AUGAACCCUUAUGAUUAUACAUGGAUGUUCGGUGUCACCAUGAUCUUUGGAUUCAUGGAUGCCUAUGGUAUUGGUGCUAACGAUGUCGCCAAUUCUUUUGCUACAUCUGUUGCCUCUGGAUCAUUGACACUUCCUCAAGCUUGUCUCAUUGCUUGUUUCACCGAGUUCUUGGGUGCGCUUUUGCUUGGUUCUCAGACUGCUGAUACUAUCAAAGGUGGCAUCCUCUCAACAAAACGUUUUGUUGAAGUACCUGAGAUUCUUAUGCUCUGUAUGACUUGUGCCAUCAUAGGUUCUUCUACUUGGGUUCUGUUUGCUACUAAGAAUGGUUGGCCUGUUUCUACUACCCACUCCAUUGUCGGUGCCGUUCUUGGUGUCGGUAUUGCUGCAUUUGGUGGUAACAGCAUCGCUUGGGGUUGGUCUGGCGUUGGGCAAAUUAUUUGUUCUUGGUUUUUGUCACCCGUCUUUGCUGGUGUUGUUGCAGCAAUCAUUUAUAGUAUCACCAAAUACGCCAUCCUUCGCCAAAAAGAUAGUGUCAAGUGGGCUAUCCGUGUUAUUCCUGUCUACUUUUUCUUCACUACUGCAAUUGAAGCAUUUUACUUAAUCUAUAAGGGCGCUCCCGGUACUCAAGCGAGUAAAAUGAGUGUUGGUAGCAUUGUCGGUAUUGCGUUUGGUAUUGGUGCAUUCUUUGCUCUAUUCUGCGUUGUGUUUUUCUGCCCUUGGCUCAAAAGACGUGUUGUUGGACGUGAAGAACUUCGUUGGUACCAUGUCUUUGUUAUUCCUUUCUUGGGUCCUCGCAAGGUCAUUGAACGUUUACCUGAAAACAAGGCUGAACCUUCCACCGAAGUUAUUGAGUCCAGUGGUAGCUCAACUGAUGAUGGGGUCAAAGAAAUCCAAACUAUACAACAAGUUGAAAAACAAGAGCACGUUGAUCAAGUGCCUACUAGCAAGUUCAAUCAAUACAAGGAAAAGUUCCUCAAUGUUGCUCUUCAUGGUAUCAGAAAGGACGUUCGUAAUCUUAACAACGAACAUGUCAAGUCUGUUCACAGUGCUGCUGAAAUCUACGAUAGUGAUGUUGAAUACAUGUUCUCUUUCCUCCAAGUUAUUACUGCCUGUAUGGCCUCUUUUGCGCACGGUUCGAACGACGUUUCCAAUGCUGUAGGUCCUUUGUCUGCCGUAUACGACAUUUGGCAAACUGCCCAAGUUGAUGUCAGUGGUAAAACUCCUGUCCCCAUCUGGGUUCUUGCUUAUGGUGGUGCUGCUAUUGAUCUUGGUCUUGCUACCUAUGGUUACAACAUCAUGCGUUCUUUGGGUAACAAUAUUAUCUUGUUUACCCCCACUCGUGGUUUCUCUGCUGAAUUAGGUGCUGCUUUGACAGUAUUGACGUGCUCCAAACUUGGUCUUCCUGUUUCUACCACUCAUUGUAUCACUGGUGCUACAGCUGCUGUCGGUUUAUGUAACGGUAAACUGAGUGCCGUAAACUGGAAGAUGCUCACAUGGUGUUUCUUCUCAUGGAUUCUUACAUUGCCCGCCGCAGGUCUCGUUGCAGGGCUUUUGUUCUCUUUCUGUGCAUAUGGCCCU